AUGGGCGGUUCAAAUCGGAAACUGUUCAUGAUGAUCUUCUUUGUCAACAACAACACAUCAUCAUCAUCAUACGGUUAUUAUUAUAACGGUUGUGUCUGUCGGUUAACGAUGUACUAUCAGGAAUGUGUAUCGCUGGGGAAGUUCUACAAAACUGAAGUCAAAUACUUCUGGUGCGGCUUAAAAGAAAAGCCUCAUGAUCCGAAAGAAGAACCAUGCGGAUUCGUCGGAACCAACUCUGAAGUGGAAUUCAUCGCGAACGACAAAAGGAUGAUCGGAUUCCACCAUCGUUUAAAAAACAUGUUCAUGACACAAAUCUCCGGUGACGAUGUCGAAAAGCUACGCGAUGUAUGGGAGAAGAGACAAAGGCAAAAGCGACCAGAGUACUCGGAUAUCACGGAUCCAUUGAGUUUGGCGACUAAGGUUCCGCUUCCUCUUGACGUCUUCCCGGUGACCAAGUCAACAUUGAAAACACCGAGUUAUGAGUCUGUAGGAAAUCAAACUCCCCAUCACUACAUCGACAAUCAGUCUCCGAUGAGAAAACCGAGUUACGAUGCUCAAGGAAAUCGAACUCCCAAUCGCUCAACUUCCAUUCCUGCUCCUUCUCAUUGUGUUCACCACCAAGAACUCCAACCACCACAAGGACCCCCAGUGCGCCACCAAGACAUAGGACAACAAGACCCCCAAGUUCAAGCGGCCAAUGGUUGGGUGCACCCAUCUGAUCCACGUCUUCAAAGACUCAAUGAUCCACGUAGCCAGCCCCGUUCAAGAACCCCAGAUGAAUGCUGGCGCGAGCCACAACAUUUCACUCCACCUGCUCCAAAUAGACAGAUCCUUGCCAAUGAUGCCAGAAGUUCCACCUCUCUUGGAUUCCGCUCUCAGCAGCCAAGAGCAACCAAUACUCCUAACGAACAUCGGGAUCAACUACGGCAAAAUGUUCCAGCUGCUCCGGAUAGACAAAUUCUUGCCAAUGAUGUCAGAAGUUCCACUUCUUUCGGAUUUCAUGCUCAACAAUCAAACGAACCUCGUUUUGCUGACCGAAUCAUUGCUCAUCAAACUCGUAUCGCUCCAGAAUCCGACCAUCAAGGUACCAGAGUCUAUAACAACACACCGAUUCAUCGUCCUCAUCACUCUCCUGAACUGGCUGCACCAGUCUCUCCAACCUCGGCUUCUCAAGUUCGUAUGGCUCCAUCGAAACAAUCCGGGCAUCAACUUCAGAAUCAGAAUCCGGUUCAUUCUCCAACUACCGUACCUGGAUAUGCUGCAGCAGAAGUUCGUUCAUCUCCACCAGCCUCUUUAAAAGCACCAAGCAAUCAGGAUCCAAGAGUUUUCAACAACAGUCAGGUUCAUCGUCCGAAUCAGAAACAAGCUCAUUCUCCUGAACUAUCUAAACCAGCUACGCCAAACGUUCCUCCUCAACGAGUUUCUCCACCUGCUCCAAUUAAAGAAUCCAGCCGUACAAUAAUCUUGAGUGACAGUGUGAUCAAACGUCUUAAUGAAAUCCGUCAGAAGCAAGUUCAACAGAAUUUCCUUGAUUCCAAUGAUCUUUCACCUGGUUAUAACGAUGAGCAGGAUCUUCAGCAGGAUCUUCAGUUUGAUGUCAGCAAUCAAUACUUGCCACGUGUCCACAAGACUCAAAACCAUCCCAAGGAAGCUGGAGAACGACAGGACGUUCGCGAGGAAGGAACUUCGACCCCAAAGCCUUCAGAAUUACCCCAAGACGCUGUCAAGGACACUGACUUUUCUCCUGCACCAGCUGCCCCGAUUGGACCAAACCAUGAGAGCCAACAACCAACCAACCCGCUCGGUUUUCUCCCCUGGAACGAUUUACCGAAUCUUCGCAAAUUCAUUCCAGAUUUCCUUGGGAAGCCUUCAGAAGACAUUUCUCUUCCAUCCCCUUCACCAUCGGAGCUUCUACCUCCACCACCUCCGCCACCAGUGCUUUCACAUAUAGCUGUCAAGAUCAGCACUACAGAAGCUUCCACUGAUUCUUCACCUGCUCUACCAACACCAGAGCCAGCAUCAACUCCAGCUCGUCUAGCUCCGAUGCAUUUCAAAGGAUCGAGCGGUCGAAAAAUCGCGAAAUCGAAGAUCGCAGUUUUCAAUUCGCCAUCACCGAUAAAGGAAGCGUCGAAAGAUCAAAAGAACCAGAAGAAUAGAUCUCAAGAAGCUUCGCUGCCAGCUCCAGAUAGACCUCCAGGGAUUCUAGCUGCGGGAAAAUCUGUUCCAGAGAAAGUUGAAAACCGCCAAACACCGAGUCUAAUCUCCUCAGUUUUCGACUACCUCCCCCAUCUUGAAGCCAGUGCAGCUUCUGCUCAAUCUUUCCGAAACUCCUGCACUUCCUCAUCAAGAUCGCCAAGUCCCAGCCCUGAUCGCAAAAGGAGACACCUCGACGAUUCUGAUGGAAAAAAGGAAACGCGGCGUCGAUCGCGCAGCCGCUCUCGCCAUCAGGAGACAGGUCGCGAUUCUUCUAAUGAGCAAGGAUGGUCUGCUACUCCGAGAGCUCCAAAGAAACUGAGAAGGGAAUCCGUGGAUUUGGUGCAUGGUUCCACCAGUGGGUCUGAUAUGGACAUUGAGUCCGAUGGCAACCCUUCGCCAGAAAUUUUGCACCAGGGAAAAAUUGAUAGCAGCGUGUUUAUGACCUAUGGUCGGGAACCACGUAACACCGUCAGGCUCAUCUCACUAAUUGACCUAGUUGACGUGCCGGAUCAUCAGGCUAGAUCCGAUCCAUCAGGCGAGAGUAAUCCUGCCAAGCCUCCAGCUUCCCAAACCAGGUCAACACCACACCAACAGCUCGUUUCACUAGUUGACCAAGUUGAGGUGCUUCAAUACGGUUCAUCCGGUCAAAGAACCGGCACCGUUUCCAAUGCUCGUCUACCACCAGCAUCCUUCGUAAACUCCCCAGCUUUCAAGUACCCCAACCAACCUCCUUCUGGAGGUUCUGGACUAAUUGGAACGUCAGAAACACCAAAUCCUUCAUCUCAACGAAACCUCUACCAAAAAUUGAGUUGUCCAGAUUUUGGUAAUUUGAAAGGAGCCGAUCCAGAAGUCAUUCUAGCCCAGUAUCGUGACUGGAUGAAGAACAAAAAGCAAGCGACUAGUUCAAGAAUUUAA